AGCCACCAUGGUCCCCUUAAGUUCCAUUCUAUCCCGUCAUUACGAUUAACCAUGUGGCUGUGCUAUAGCUUCGCUGCGCUGGCCUCAUCAACUCGUCUGCCAAUUCAAGCUAACCAUCCAAUACCAGACAAACUCAGCCCGUCCCUCACGUCGUGUCCCUUUUUUCCCUUAUUUCACUAUCUCUUGCAGCCGUCAAGGGUGAACAAGUCGCCAGUUGGCCACUCUUAAUUCCCGGGCUUUACUAUAACCUUCAACUCUUUUUCUAUCUUGCUUUCCUAAUCUUAACAGCUUCAGCUAUGGCGCAGCUCAACACCCCCAAAUUGCCUUAUCGCGACAUUAAUGUCAAGAUCGCCAACGACUCUUAUACUUUCACUUCGCCUUCGUCUCCCGAUGCGCCUGCCCUGGUAAUCGAUCGUCCCACUGGCGAUGUCCGCCUGAGCGAAGGCAGCGCCGCAUCAGCCAAGAGAACCACUCGCGUCUCGAGUAUCGCUGGUAUUCUAGGAAUUAUUCAGCUUCGCCUUGGUUCGUCUCCGCCGCGCCAAAUCUUGGGCUGAUGUCAUCUGGUUUUGGAUUGUGCAUUUCACUGACCAUGUAAAGACAAGUAUGUCAUCUUCAUUACGAAAGCCCAGCCUGUUGGCCGUCUCAAAGGUCACAUGGUGUACAAGGUCGCUGCCACAGAGAUCCUGCCCAUGCGCGAGCGCUUGAUUCACGACCCCGACGAAGACAUCUUCAUUCAGCUUCUUAAGAACUUUUUGGCUUCAGGGCCUAUGUACUUUUCUUAUUCCAUCGAUCUUACCAACUCCUUCCAACGUCAGGCCCAGGCCGACACUUCCAAGCCCCUGUGGAUGCAGGCCGACGAUCGUUUCUUCUUCAACAAGUAUCUUCAGGGCGAUUUAAUCGACUUCCGCACCCGAGGCGCUCGAUCACAGCCUGGCUCACAGCCCGGCGUUGACCCAUAUAUCCUACCGUGCAUCUUCGGCAUGCUGGAGAUCAAGCCUACCACAUUCAAGGGCAACCCCUUGACUCUGGCUCUCAUUACCCGCCGAUCCCGCCACCGUGGUGGUACCAGGUACUUUACUCGAGGUGUAGAUGAUGAAGGACACGUCGCCAACUACAAUGAGACGGAACAAAUCAUCAUCCUCAACGACAGUAGCAGCGGGUUGGGUGGAUACGCAGGCAGUUCGGACAUGCAGAGCGGCAAGUUUGGCGCUGGCGCCGGUCAAGAGAUGCAGAUAUUCUCUUAUGUUCAAACACGUGGCAGCGUUCCUACGUUUUGGGCUGAAAUCAACAGCUUGCGAUAUGUUCCCAAGCUCCAAAUCCGCGGCGUUGAUGCAGCUCUUUCCGCGGCACAGAAACACUUCGACGAGCAAAUUCGCUUAUACGGUGACAACUAUCUCAUCAACUUGGUCAAUCAGAAGGGUCGCGAGCAGCGGGUCAAGCAAUCGUACGAGCAGAUGGUGGAGAAGCUCGUUUCUUCUCCUAAGGAGCGGCAAGAGGCAGACUUGCUCACUGAGGAGAAGUUCACCACAAUUCAACCGGAGGGCAAACGCCAAGGGUUUGACCGGCUGCACUAUGUCUACUUUGAUUACCACAGCGAGACAAAGGGCAUGAAGAUGCACAAGGCUUACGCUCUUAUUGAGAAGUUGGCCGAUGCAUUGGAGAAGCAGGGCUACUUCCGUGCUGUUGAUACCCCGUCCAGCGUUGACGGUAGCCUCGACGCCCGUAGCUACCAGACGAGUGUCAUGCGUACAAACUGCAUGGACUGUCUCGACCGAACGAACGUUGUCCAGAGCAUGUUCGCUCGCCAUAAGCUUGACCGCAUCUUUGAAGAUGUUGGCUUCAUGCCCCGCGGCUCUUCAUUCCGUGACGAGGAUCCUGCUUUUGAGGAUCUUUUCCGUAAUCUCUGGGCUGACAACGCUGAUGUUGUCUCCAACUCAUAUGCUGGCACUGGUGCCAUGAAGACGGAUGUCACACGUACUGGUAACCGGACCAAAGUCGGCGCCCUUCAGGAUGCCCGUAUUGGUAUCACACGUUAUUUCCGUAACAAUUUCCUCGAUGGACCGCGACAGGAUUCUUUCGAUCUUUUCCUUGGAGCUUACCGACCGGGCUCAACCAAUAUCGGCACUACUCUGGUCUUCACUGACCGUCGACCGGUCUUGAUCCAGGCUAUUCCUUAUAUCCUUGCCUUCAGUGUCUUUAUUGUAUUCAUUGGUCUCUUUACCCGCCGAGACCCAGAGGCAAGCGCCCUGCCUCUUCGUGUCUUCCUUUUCUUCUGGAUGGCUAUUGCUGCCUGGUCUUUCUACUUUGUCUGGAACCACGGCAUGCUCUACGUUAACUGGCCACGCCUCAACCCCAGGCCAUUUGCUGUUGAGGGCUAUAAUGAACACUUCGCCAAGGCACGUAAGGACUCUGUUAUUGGAACCUACGUGGCGAAACACGAGAGAGGACUCAGCACAGCCCGAUACCUCAAUGCCGAGGAGGGCAAGAAGAGGAUUGAAUAGAAUCAAAAGGGGGCUUGAACUUUGGUUAUAAUGUGGGUGCUUUGCUCUAGUGGCGCGGUGGCAUGACUUUGAAGGUUUUCUUUAUUCAAAGACUAUAGAAGCCUGCUUUUUUCGAUUCUUUGUACCGGCUGGGUGGUUUGGGAUAAUCAAGACGUUUGUCGUUAUGAUGUUGCUUGUCUAUAUGGCUUUGUCAAUGCAUAGAUAUUGUCUCCUUUAAUAUAGGUUUAGAUGAACCCUCAGAGUCAAAUGACUUAAGGCCUUCAGUCUACGGGCCGAACAAAGUAUUGUCUUAUAAAAGUUCCUAUCAGUUUACCAGAAGUUUCUCGAAUUCAUCUCAAGAUCAC